GCGCGUCAUCACUAUGCGACGCCGCUUGUCUGUUACGGGGCUGUUUGUGUUCUGUUGUGUCCAUUAGUAGCUUCAAGAAUGGAUAAACAAUCGGAUACAGAUAACUUGGAAAUGCGUGUUCAGGCGCUGGAGAGUCGUAUAUACGGCGAGAGAAGAAACAAAAGUGGAAAACCCGUCAAGUGUGCUGAGUCUUUGGCCAGGAUUCAGGCAGGUCUGACUAAUACAGCCAACAAAAGAGAACGAGUAAAGAUCCUGCAUAAGAAGAUUGAGGACCUGCUGAAGUACCUGGACCCCCAAUUUACUGACCACAUCACUGUACCUGAUGCCAUGAAGCUGGAGUUCAUUCUCGCUGAGGAGGACUUCCUGCUGGAGCAGGCUUCUAUGCUGGAGCAGGUCAGCAACUUGCAGCCGCUGCUGGACAGCACUUACAUCAGAGACGUACCAGAACACGCCACCAAGCUGCAGCGCCUGUCACAGAUCCACAUCAAAGAGCAGGACCAAACUGAGGCUCAGUCCCUGGAAGUGAAGAAGCUUUUUGAGGAAUACAACAAAAUGAUGUUCCUGCUGUCCAAGCAGUUCACCCAGUGGGACGAGACCCUGAGGAAGCUGGAGGAGGCCAAAGGCAUUCGGCCAGUGGAGUAGCUUCUGUCAACAUGCACAUUUCUGAAUAGGGUGGUUAUGAGUAGGAAGGUUGCAUUGUGGUGGAGGCUUUGGAGCAGAGUGGUUCAUGAACAUAAGUGUGAGAAAGGAUCACAACAUUACACCGUUUUGUUGUAAACUGCUUAUCAAUUUGUCAUCAGAAUCCGGCGGCUUAACUUUGACACCCUACUUGCUUCAUUCUACGUGAAUUGUUUUGUUUUAGAAAAGUAUCCAACCCAGGCAAAUUAUCCCACUCUGUCUUAUUCAGUCUGAAGGAAGCUGCUGUUAUUUAUUUUCAGACAAUUAUGCUUUUUAUCUUGCAUAGUUACUCAACUUUUAACACAUCCCAGCAGUGCUUCUUUACUGCAAGCCUGUCACAGUUGUUUCCCUGUUCAUCACUCAUUCACUCUCUCUCGCUCACUCUAACUCACAGACACAUCCUCUUCAAGGCUUUAGAUUUUCCCUCUGGAUUUGUAAACACUUAAAUUAACUUAAUGUUUUUUCAAUAUUCUGGUUUUAAAAUGUCUUAUAUGUCUCAUGUGUCAUACAGCAUGACUGCAGUUCAUUUCAAUUCAAUAAAUAUUAUUACUUUCUACUUUC